AGUGCCUGAGUGUCAGUCAGCUGUUUUUGACGUAAAACUGAAUUGUUCGCCCUACACAAUUUGUCAACAAAUAAAUUAGGUUUUCUUGCAUUUUAGACCAUUGUAAACUUGGUAAUUGAAUAAAUAUGGUCACAACAUACGCUCCAGAUGAAAUUGGCCUAGUGGACAAGUCGCCCUGUGCUGACAUUCGAGCAGAUCUCAAGAUGUGUUUACUAGCCAGCGACUGCUGUAAAAAGAAUAAAAUGACUCCACGAGAGUGCUUACGAGACGGCGUAGUACCUGAUGAAUGUGCUCAGUUGCGGAGAACUUUCUUCGAAUGUAAACGAUCCUUACUUGACAACCGGAGAAGAUUUAGAGGUCACAAGGGCUACUAAAUUGGUAAUGGUAUGUAGGCAAAACAAAAUAGAAUAGAUUUAUGUUGUGAUUUUGAUAAACCUUGUAAAUAUUGUUCAGUUCAAAUAAAAAAUAAUAAUUAACAUA